CGUACUAGCUGUACCGGAUGCCACGUUAUCAUAAUAUAUAUCAUGUACCGACUGUACCGCGGUACCGAUCGACAUUUCUUAAUUCCACGUACCGCUUUCAUGUAGAAAAAAUGGCUGCGUCCAUAGCGAAAUCACGACUCACUUUUCUCUGCCUUUCUAUUCUAGUUUAUUCCUUCGCCGCCGAGAUCGCAGCUCAUCGGUCUAGUGGGGAUGUGCACAAGGAAACGGUGCAGUCACACGAGGGGAUCCACAGCCAUGACACUCCGCAGGAGGCCAGGAUAAAGUCCAAUUCGAUGCAGAAAUGGGGAGAUGCGAUCGGGGCUACACUCCUCAUCAGUGCCGCGCCGUUCCUGAUCCUGUUUGUCAUUCCGCUGGACAAGGGCCGAGAGGGACAAGAGGCGUUGCUGAAAGUGCUGCUUAGUUUUGCCUCGGGAGGACUGCUGGGAGAUGCCUUCCUGCAUUUGAUCCCUCAUGCAGUGUCGCCGCAUCAUCACCAUGGUGACGGGGGAGAGCAUCACCAUGAUCACCAUGAACACCAUGAUCACCACGAUCACCAUGACCAUUCACAUGAUAUGAUGGUUGGAUUGUGGGUCCUUACUGGAAUUGUUAUCUUCCUCGUCGUUGAAAAAACCGUCCGCUAUCUGAAGGGUCAUGGCCAUGGACAUUCCCAUGGCACUCCAAAACCUGUAGAACAGAACGAGACGAGUGUUGUUAAUGGGGAUGGGAAGUCAUCAAAAGAAGGUGGAGCUAGGAGGAGGAAAAAGACGAACAGUGGAAGCGGGACAGAGAAAAAGGGAAAGACGGGGAUUGUUGCCAACGGUGAUACCGGUGAUUCUGAUGAAGGCAUCAAAGUAGCUGGCUAUCUAAACCUAGCAGCAGACUGCACGCACAAUUUCACUGACGGCCUUGCCAUAGGAGCGUCAUUCCUCAUUAGUCGCAAUGUCGGUAUCGUCACGACCAUCACCAUCCUCUUGCACGAGGUGCCCCAUGAGAUAGGCGACUUUGCCAUUCUGGUACAGUCAGGCUGCAGCAAGAGGAAGGCUAUGUAUCUUCAGCUUGUUACAGCUGUCGGAGCCCUUGCUGGCUGUAUCACAGCCCUACUGGCUGAGGGAGGGGAUGACUCCGCCCCCAGCUGGAUCCUGCCUGUCACUGCAGGGGGCUUCAUCUACAUAGCAACCGUCUCCGUCAUACCAGAAUUACUUCAGCAUAACAACAUCAAGCAGUCUAUCGCCGAGAUACUAGGACUGUUAUCCGGUGUCGGUCUUAUGAUCCUAAUUGCAUAUAUAGAGUGAGAAAUUAAGUUUUUUAUUUUUGUUUCCUGCAGUACAAUGAUAUUUUACAUACGUAGAUUUUUUUAUGAUGUGAAAUGGUUCUUCAAGAUAGAUAAUCAUAUCAAUUUGCGCAUACUGUCAGUGUCAUAUGCUUGAUGCACAGCUUAUUCAAAUGCUCCAUCCAAAUCAAGUGGCCGUGGCUGCAUGUAAUAGACGUCUUUAUGGGAAGUGGCUGUAGCCACAAGCCAGUGGCUUUCAUAGGUCCACAUGUUAUGUUUAGCCACAGCCACAACCUUUGGACAGGGACUUAGUUCUUGAACCAAACUACAAACUGUUAUGUGCGAUGGCUGCCUGCAUGCAUUAUCAUGUCAGUCUUGCAUCAGAGGCCUUUUCUGUCUUUGAUGGGUUUGGUAAAAGAUUUCCACCUGGCUUUAACAUUUGUAUCCUUCCUUCCAUUUUUGCAUUGGCGUUGGUAUUUGCUGUGAAUAUCCAAAUCCACAGACUCUGAGUAUCCACCUCGAGCGGAAGCACCCCCUCAUCAUUUGAAAAGAGCCAUGUUGGCCAGGAGUGUUCAAUUUGUUAGUAGUGAUGCAACAGUGACGCAUGUAUUUCCCAGUCGUUCGUGAACCAACAAAGUUCAGUUCCGACCAAUGGAGCUUCUGUUGCUAAGAAAAUGGUGCCCGCUCUUGGUCCAGCUAGAGGCCCAUAACCUCAAUUAUUCACCAGAACCAGCCGUAGGUCAGGUGUAUGGAUACCUGCUGGUUGUGGUGAGGAAAAAUAAAGCCUAGUUGUUGUUUAAAGGAAAUCCAACACUGAUGGAAGCCAAAAUAAAUUUCCCUUGAUUCUAACUUUUAAAUAUUUUUCAGAGUUGAUUUAAUGUUGUCUUUAAUGUCAUUGAUGUUGUGUAACCAAAAUGGUGCGUGUAAUUUUCCAAGACCCUGUAACCCAACCUUCAGGUGUUUGAAUCUUUUUCUCUUUUUCCCUCAUGUAUUGUGGUGUAGGCGUUGGGUAGGAUUGUUUGUACCCUUAGUGGAACAGGUUUCUUUUUUUCAGCAGUGCUUCGUGAAAAAUGAUUACUGUUGAUGACUCUCUCAUUCAGUCCACAUUUUAAAGCCUUGUCUGCAGAUAUUGUUUAUCUUAUAUAACAGGAUUAAAAGGUUUAUCCAAUAAAAGAAAAAUUCCUUAUCUUUAAGGAGAAAAAUUAAAGAUUAUGUUCAUGUUACACAUUGGUUUCUUGCCAAAUUAGUAAAAUUAUCAGCUUAGGAAUGAGUACAGUUAGUGUUUGACAAAAGCAGUAUUUUUGUAAUCUGUGGAAUGUCUUAACUGUGAAAGAUCACAUGCACUGGGCCACAACUUUGCUGGAAGACAUUCUACCUACAUGUACAUGUCAUGUAUUGCACACAACAUGGUUACAGGUUUGCACUUGUGAAGCGUGGAGUGUAGGCCCAGUACACGACCACAUUCCAUUUAAAUGUGCAGUCUUGAUGUAAGAGCUGGGUACCAGUUUAUAUAUUGUUAGCCUCGCCUCCUUUAAAUCAAGCUCUAAUACACGACAGAGCGCAUCAGCUGUAUAGAGGGAUAUAUUACACUUCAUAUUUUUUCAUUGGUUCCUUGCCACGUUAAAGGAACUAUUACCAAGUACCAACUGCAGGGGGUCUAUUGCUUAGAUAUGACUGGUUAUGUUAUUUGUGCAGAUUUUUUAUCAUAGACACUUGUGUCUCCUGAUUGAUUUGUGAAGUAUUGCUUGUUACACUUGUGAAGCAGUAUAUUUGUCUGUGGCACUGUAAUUGAAAUGUAAAUAUUUUUUCAAGUCAGUUGCUGACAGAUCCAAAGAACAACGAAGCACACACAACGAAUUUAUAUAGACAGGGACUUUUGUCUUUCUGACAGGCUAAUAAGGCAGAAUUUACAAAUGUAGAAGUUGGAGAAUCAAAGUUAAGAUAUAUAGGCAUUUUGUGUUAAAUUUUUAAGUGUCAACAGUGUAUGUGUGGUGACAGAGUGGUUCCUACUGAAACAGACACUUCCAUCAAUGCCAUGAUGUAAUGCCUUGGCAUCUCCAGGACUUUACAGUCAGCCAACUUUGUUCAACUUUUUGAAAUUUUAAUCCAGCAUUUCUUUGAUCCGGACAGAGUAUUUUUGUUUUUUGUUUUUUUUUUGCUCAAGAAAUUAUUGACAUAAGUUUGGUUAAAACUUUUACAACAUUCUUGGACUUUGUCCACUAUGCAUGACUGCAAUGUGAAUUGUUUCUGCCUUCAUUACAAUUAAAGAAUGGAAAAUAAUCAUAAAUGCAUAAUUUGUGUAUCUUUGCAAUGAGAGUAUAUGUUUGUUGGUUUCACUCUUGAAAAACAAAAAUGUAAUUGUGACUCAAAGUGGCUACUUAAUGUAUCAUGUAUUUGUAUGCAUUGGUGGAAAAUAAAUAACAGUAAGCGGAGGAAGUA